AUGCCCGAUGGCACAGAUGUUAGCGAUGCGACCCGAAAUAAAAUGGGAUUCAUUGCUUGUACAAGUUACGUAGUAGGAAACAUAAUUGGAUCGGGAAUAUUUAUAACUCCGACGAGUAUACUGAAUUACACUCAAUCGAUAGGAUUGUCGCUUAUAGUAUGGUUAGGAUGUGGUUUAAUAUCGUUGAUAGGUGCUAUUUGUUAUAUCGAAUUAGGAACUUCUAUAUUGGAACCUGGUUGUGAUUUUGCGUACACAGUUUAUGUUGGUUGGGAAGCAAUCGCGUUUGCAUUUAUGUGGGUUUCGGUGUUUGUCACAUAUCCUGCGUCUGCUGCUGUUCAGGCGCGCACUUUUGGUCAAUACAUCGUGAGCGGCAUUUCUCCCCUCUUUCUACUCGAGUCGGUUUGGAACGAGUUUGUGGAGCGAUGUUUAGGCUAUAUUCUAGUUUUUGUUCUCACCAUGUUGAACUUUUUUUCAAUUGACCGAUUCGCUGCUCGGUUUCAAGUGAUUGUCACCAGUGCCAAGAUGCUUGCAAUGGGAAUAAUUAUUCUCACUGGUUUUUAUUACCUCGUUUUCAAAGGAUGGACGGAGAAUUUGGAGCAACCGAUGUCUGGAAGUGUAUGGGCACCUGGAAAGCUCACUUUAGCAUUCUAUGGUGGUUUGUGGAGCUAUGCUGGUUGGGACAUACUUAACUACGGAACUCCCGAGAUUAGCAAGCCGAGAAGAACUAUGCCACUCUCACUCAUCUCCGGAAUUCUGAUUGUUUGUGCCACCUAUAUUGCCAUCAACGUCUCUUAUUUUGUUGUUCUUUCACCAGAUGAAAUGAAGAAUAGCACUGCUGUUGCGGCGGACUUCGCUCAGAAGACACUAGGAAACUUCUCAUAUGCAAUCCCAUUUAUGGUCGCCAUUUUAUUGAUCGGCACUCUUAACAGCAAUAUUUUCUGUGGUUCGAGAUUUAUGCAUGCUGCUGCUCGCGAAGGUCACUUGCCUACUUGUAUCAGCUGCGUCAACGAGGCUUCAAAUAGUCCAAGAGCCGCUCUCCUCGGACAGCUCAUUUGCACAUUUAUUGUGUCGUUCGUGGAUACUGAUACACUAAUCAACUACGUGACUUUUGUGAUGUGGGCGCAGAAAGUGGUUACAGUGGCUGCGUUACUGUAUCUCCGUCAUAGCAAGAUGCCAGUAGCGGAAGGUGCAAUUAAAGUGCCUAUUUCGUUAAGUGUAAUUUUCAUGGUGUUAAGCUUAGCGCUCGUCGUUGUUCCAUUCGUUGAGGAACCAGUAGUCACCUUCACAGGAGUAGCAGUUGUGUUUAGUGGCUUGAUUUUCUUCUUCGCAUUAGUGAAACCAGAAAAAGCACCGACAAUCCUGCAACGUAUAAACGAGGGAAUGACGAAAAUAACGUGCCGACUAUUGUUCAGUCGACCGGACCUGAAGAAGGGCGUUUGCGAAGUGGUGAAGUACAGCGACGAGAUACGUGGCCUUGGAACGGAAUCGGGCUCCUAG